AUGGGUAAGGACUAUCUCGGUGCGGAUCAGAGGCGAGUGAAAGAGGAUAAGGAUGAGAAAGAAAUUAAAGCUCUUGACGAGGGAGAUAUCGCUCUUCUGAAGACUUAUGGCGCUGCACCAUAUAAUGACGAAAUAAAGAAAUGCGAGGAGGAUAUAACAUAUAUAAUGAAACGCGUAAAUGAACUCACCGGCAUAAAAGAAUCGGAUACGGGUCUUGCUCCCCCAGCCCUUUGGGAUUUGGUUGCCGACAAAGUUUGCCUUUCAAGUGAUCAUCCUCUUCAGGUGGCUCGCUGUACGAAAAUUAUUAACGCUGAUUCAGAAGAACCCAAAUACAUAAUAAAUGUGAAACAGUUUGCUAAAUUUGUUGUUGACUUGGCAGAAUCUGUAGCACCCACCGAUAUUGAAGAGGGGAUGCGCGUGGGCGUCGAUCGUACUAAGUACCAGAUUCACAUUCCUUUGCCUCCAAAGAUUGACCCAUCGGUGACUAUGAUGCAGGUUGAGGAUAAACCUGAUGUUACCUACAGUGAUGUUGGUGGUUGCAAAGAACAGAUUGAAAAACUGCGUGAAGUCGUUGAGCUUCCCCUGUUGCAUCCGGAGAAGUUCGUUAGUCUUGGAAUUGAGCCACCAAAGGGUGUUUUGUUGUACGGUCCUCCUGGCACAGGGAAGACGCUAUGUGCACGUGCUGUUGCCAAUCGAACAGAUGCCUGCUUCAUUCGCGUAAUUGGCUCCGAACUAGUUCAGAAGUACGUCGGUGAAGGUGCUCGUAUGGUCCGUGAACUUUUCGAAUUGGCUCGAUCGAAGAAGGCCUGUAUCAUAUUCUUCGAUGAAAUUGACGCCAUUGGUGGCGCCCGGUUUGAUGACGGUGCCGGUGGUGACAACGAAGUCCAGCGAACUAUGUUAGAGUUGAUUAACCAGUUAGACGGCUUCGAUCCUCGUGGUAAUAUCAAAGUACUUAUGGCAACCAACCGACCUGAUACUCUUGAUCCUGCCCUUGUUCGUCCCGGUCGGCUCGAUAGGAAAGUCGAAUUUGGUUUACCCGAUCUUCCUGGUAGAACACAUAUCUUCAAGAUCCACGCCCGAUCUAUGUCAGUCGAAAAGGAUAUCCGCUAUGAACUUCUUGCUCGUUUGUGCCCUAAUAGCACUGGCGCAGAGAUCCGGAGUGUAUGUACCGAGGCUGGGAUGUUUGCCAUUCGAGCACGCUGUAAAAUGGCUACAGAGAAGGACUUUUUGGAUGCUAUAAACAAGGUCAUCAAAUCUUACGCCAAAUUCAGCGCUACACCUCGCUACAUGACGUAUAACUAA